AUGGUGGAGCCAGUUCCUGAGUCCAUCAACUUUCCCUCUGAGGAGGAGAAGAUCCUUGACUUCUGGAAGGAAAAAGACUGCUUCCGUGAAUGCCUGAAACAGUCCAAGAACAGGCCAAAGUAUACCUUCUAUGAUGGCCCUCCCUUUGCCACUGGUCUGCCCCACUACGGCCACAUCCUAGCUGGCACCAUCAAGGACAUUGUUACUCGCUUUUCCCACCAGAGUGGCUUCCAUGUGGAGCGACGCUUUGGCUGGGACUGUCAUGGGCUGCCUGUGGAGUAUGAGAUUGAUAAGACUUUGGGAAUUAAAGGGCCUGAAGAUGUGGCCAAGAUGGGCAUUGCCGAGUACAACAAACACUGCAGAAACAUUGUCAUGAGAUACUCCAACGAGUGGGAGAUAUCAGUGACACGAAUGGGCAGGUGGAUCGACUUCAAGAACGACUACAAGACUCUCUACCCAUGGUUCAUGGAGACUGUCUGGUGGGUGUUCAAGCAGCUGUAUGACAAGGGUCUGGUCUACAGAGGUGUCAAAGUCAUGCCUUUCUCCACUGCCUGCAACACCCCGCUCUCCAACUUUGAGUCCCACCAGAACUACAAGGAUGUUCAGGAUCCUUCGGUGAUUGUCAACUUCCCGUUGUUGGAGGACGAGACUGUGGCUCUGAUCGCCUGGACAACCACACCCUGGACACUUCCUAGCAACCUGGCUCUGUGUGUCAACCCCGAGUUGCAGUAUGUCAGGGUCAAAGAAAAUGCAACAGGGAAGACCUACAUUAUGAUGGAGGCCAGGCUGGGAGCUCUGUUUAAGUCGGAGAGCGAGUACACUGUCCUGGAGAAGUUCCCUGGCAAGAAGCUGAAAGGGAAGAAAUACAAGCCUCUCUUCCAGUACUUUGCUAAGUGUGGGGAGAAAGGUGCCUUCCAGGUUGUGAUGGAUAACUACGUCAGAGAGGAGGAGGGCACAGGAGUUGUCCACCAGGCACCUUACUUUGGAGCUGAUGACUACAGGGUAUGUAUGGAAUACGACAUCAUCCAGAGGGAUCAAGCCCCUAUCUGCCCUGUCGACUCCUCAGGCUGCUUCACUGCAGAGGUCACUGACUUUGUGGGACAGUAUGUCAAGGAUGCGGACAAGAAUAUCAUCAAAUGGCUGAAGGAGAAAGGCCGUCUCGUCAACAACAGCUCCUUCAAGCACAGCUACCCCUUCUGCUGGAGGUCUGACACUCCCCUGAUCUACAAAGCCGUCCCCAGCUGGUUUGUGAGAGUGGAACAUAUGGUGGAGAAACUCCUGGAGAACAAUGGAAAAUGUUAUUGGGUUCCAGAGUUUGUGCGUGAGAAGCGCUUUGGGAAUUGGCUGAGAGAUGCUCGUGAUUGGGCAAUUUCCAGGAACCGCUACUGGGGGACACCGAUCCCUCUUUGGGUCAGCGAUGACUUUGAGGAGGUGGUGUGUGUAGGGUCCCUGGCGGAACUGGAGGAGCUGACCGGAGUCAAAGUAACUGAUCUUCAUCGGGAGAGUAUUGACAACCUGACCAUCCCGUCCCGUUGCGGUAAGGGCGUGCUGCGCAGGGUCACUGAGGUGUUUGACUGCUGGUUUGAGAGUGGCAGCAUGCCUUAUGCCCAGGUCCACUACCCCUUUGAGAACAGGAAGGAGUUUGAGGACACUUUCCCAGCAGACUUCAUCGCCGAGGGCAUUGACCAGACCAGAGGAUGGUUCUACACCCUGCUGGUGCUGUCCACGGCCCUGUUUGGCAAGCCGCCCUUCAAGAACGUCAUCGUCAACGGAUUGGUACUUGCUAGCGAUGGACAGAAGAUGAGCAAGCGCAAGAAGAACUACCCAGAUCCUGCAGUGAUAGUGCAGAGCUAUGGAGCUGAUGCCCUCAGACUGUACCUCAUCAAUUCUCCAGUGGUCAGAGCAGAGAACCUGCGUUUCAAAGAGGAGGGUGUCCGAGACGUGCUGAAGGACGUCUUCCUGCCCUGGUACAACGCUUAUCGCUUCCUGGUGCAGAAUGUACAGAGGUUACAGAAGGAGGAGGACAUUCAGUUCCUCUACAAUGAGAACACGUCGAGGAUGAGCGACAACAUCAUGGACAAAUGGAUCCAGUCCUUCACACAGUCACUCAUCCAGUUCUUCAAGGCUGAGAUGGAUGCGUACCGUCUGUACACUGUGGUGCCUCGCCUUGUCAAGUUUGUGGACAUGCUCACAAACUGGUACGUCAGGACCAACCGCCGCCGUCUAAAGGGAGAGAGUGGCACUGAGGACUGCCUGUGGGCGCUGGAAACCCUCUUCAGCGUUCUCUUCUCCAUGUGCAGGCUGAUGGCUCCCUUCACUCCCUUCAUCACAGAGAUGAUGUACCAGAACCUGCGUCACCUCGUCGACCCCGCCUCCAUCGAGGAGAAGGACGCCAGCAGCAUCCACUAUCUCAUGCUGCCCCACGUCAGAGAGAGUUUGAUUGACAAGCGCAUUGAGAGUGCGGUCUCUCAGAUGCAGUCGGUGAUUGAGCUGGGCAGAGUGAUCCGAGACAGAAAGACACUGCCUGUUAAAUACCCACUCAAGGAGGUGGUAGUUAUCCACCAGGAUCCAGAGGCUCUGAAUGACAUCCAGUCCUUACAGAAAUACAUCUUGGAGGAGCUGAACGUACGCCAGCUCACCCUGUCAACUGACAAAGACAAGUAUGGCAUCCGUCUGAGGGCCGAGCCUGACCACAUGGUGCUGGGCAAUAGGCUGAAGGGGGCUUUCAAAGCCGUCACUGCCUCGAUCAAGGAGCUGACCAGCGAACAGCUUGAGGCCUUCCAGAAGACAGGUUCCAUCACGGUGGAUGGCCACGAGCUUCAUGAGGAGGACCUGAGGCUGAUGUACACUUUCGACCAGAGCUCUGGCUCCGCUGCGCAGUACGAGGCACACUCUGACGCACAGGUCCUGGUGCUGCUGGACGUCACCCCUGACCAGUCCAUGGUGGACGAGGGUGUGGCCAGAGAGGUCAUCAACCGCAUCCAGAAACUACGCAAGAAGGGCCAUUUGGUGCCGUCAGAUGAGAUAACUGUGUACUACCAAAGCCAGCCAGCAGGGGAGUACCUGGACUCUGUGAUCCAGGCCCACACUGACUUCAUCCUGGCUACCACCAAGGCCCCUCUUUUGCCCUACCCUGUCCCCAAGACUGCCGGCGUCAUUGUAGAAGAGAAGACACAGCUUAAAGGCUCAGACCUGGAGUUAACCAUAGUGAAGGGCUCCUCUGCCCCCAGGGCUCCUCUCAAUGGACCAGCUUGCACCUAUGUCAACCUCAAGGUCAAAGUCAACAACAAAGAGCAAGAGGGUGUGGUGCUAUUGGAAAACCCUAAAGGAGACAACAGACUGGACGUGGACAAGCUGAAGAAAGUGUGUAGCGUCAUCUUUGGAACCAACAACACCCAGCUCCGCUUCUUCAGUGGAAAGGACGAGCUGACAAACAAAAUGGACCUUCAGGCUUUGAGUGGUAAAACUUUGUCAGUGACAUCAGCAGGCUCCUCCCCUGGCCCCGACACCACCACCACCCCUGACACCCUCCUAUGUCCUUAUGUCAACCUGCAGCUCUGCAACGCACAGCCAGCUGAGUGCCAGACAGGAGAGGUGGGCACUCUCUUGCUGGUGAACCCCUUGGGCCAGAAUGGGCUGGACCAUAUGGGUCUGCUCUCUGAGGCUGCCAAGGUUUUUGGCCUCCGCAGCAGACGGCUCAAACUGUACCUGGACCAGGACCUUACUCAGGAGCUACCAGCUGACUCCUCUGUGAAAUCUCUAGACACCAAAACUCUGUUUGUGAGAGUUCUUCCCACAACUGCGGAGGCAUAGAUCGCCAGAAUCCAAACCCUUUUCCUGAAGGUAUCUUAGCACUGAUGCUGUCUGUGAUCCACUGGAGGUUUCCUGGAUGUGGAUUCUUGCUGUGGAUCCAUGGCAAACUUAAAAAGCUUCGUGUUAAGAUGCCUUAGAGGAAAUCAUGGGCCACAACAGGAUUGUCUGGCAAGUUCACAACUAUUACCAACAGAAUUGUGCCCUGCUAUUACCUGUGUCUUGAAAAUUUUUUCCUUCACAAUUUGCAUUUCUUCAGAUGUCAUGAGAUUGUGCUGUUUUUAAAGACAUCCCAAGACAUUACAAUGGCUCUGUUUGAGACUUUUACCUUAGGUAUUUAGCUCAGGCUUACUGUUCUCAUCCCUGGUGCAAUUUCCUUUUCCUGUUACUUUCUCUCCUAAUCUGCUGCCAAUUAUACAUGACAGUUGUCAGAGGAAACACAUUGUGCUGUCAGUUAGAAUAUAUUUAUACUGGACCGAGAGAUUUGUCAGUAAAAAGAAUAAGGUUUACACUCUUAACUAGAAAGUGGGCACAGUUCAAGAACAGAAUGACUCUUCCUCCACAACAGCUGAAUAGACAGGCUUGGAUAGAUGUUGAUGGUAAGGUGUGAAAUGGCCAAUCAUUGAAAACAAUGAGAAUUGUUUGUUGGAAGAAAGCAAAUAAGUUAGAAAAAAAAUGUCUACCGCACACAGUGAAAAUGAUCCAUCAAAACUGCCCAGAAAGGAAUGCCAAAGGUUCAUUUACCUCAGCUGAACAUUUUAUGAGUCUAAAUCCAUCCCACCUCGGACAAAAAGAAGCCACGGGAUUGUAUUUGUGGUGUCUCUAAGAAUAUGAGAACUGGUCUAGAAUCACUGGUCAACUCAAAUGAAGUCAUAAAAUGCACUAUGAAUUCAUAAAAAUGGUCUCAGAUCAACACUUCUAUUCUUGGAUUCUAGUUGUACCAUAGGCCAUGAAAUAUUGCAACAAGAUGACCUAGAAUUUGUCCAGCUGUCAAUACGACCACUUGAGGUUUUUCUUUAUCAUGCUAAUGAUGAAAAUUAUGCAGGCUAUUUCACAGCACAGCUUUCAAUGGAAGUUAGCUUAGUCCACAGUAAUUAUUGCUGUGGCCAAUAAUUGGGAAACCAAUUGAGCCCAUUGUGCUUACACACGCUUUAGAAUUGAACUGACAAAACCUGCUCUGUUCAUUACACAGAAAACCCUGUGGGCGAUAGUGUAGGCAUUUAAAAGGUGAAAUGGAUUUCGGGCCAGUCUACCUUAUGGACAAAAAGGUGUUGUAAUAAAAUCCUGUCUGAGCAACAAAAGGAUUAUGUGCUAUUUUUGGUGACAAAUGGAACUAAUAAAAGAAAGUGACUUUGGGAA